GAAAACUUAAACAGCUGAUAAGUUUGUUAUUGAAAGCGGUAUACAAGUGUCUUUUUGUAUUUACAUUAGUAGUUAGUAUGAAAAAUGAUUAUAAUGCUGUAGAAAUAAUUAAUUUAAUAUGGUUGUUAUUUUAAGAAUUGCUCGUAAUCUUCUUCGUCUUCGGUACAUUGUUCUUGGGUCUGCAGUUGGAGGGGGAAUCCAGGCUCACAAGAAAUAUAAAGAAUUUAAAGAUGGUGUACCUGAUUUUGGAUGGAUUACUGAUGCAUUACCAGAUUCGGAAAAGGUUGAUAAAUAUCGAGAAUCUUUACAAGAACUUGCUGGAAAAUUUUCAUCCGAAGGAAGCAAUUGGCUAAGUAAAGUAUCAUCAUCAGCAUCAGAUGGACUAGACCUGCUAAAUCAUUGGAUUGAAGAAGCAAGAACUGCUCAUCAAGCAGAACUUGAAAAAUUAAAUUUUCUUGUAGGACAAAACCAGCUAUUAUCCUCCGAUGACGCAACUUCAGACCAUGCAGGCAAUAAAAGUAUCUCUGAAGUUCAUCAAUUCUCAAGUGCGUCAACAUCAACCUCUUCGGAAGCAUAUGAAAGGGCUCAACGAGAUGCGGCACGGAUAGCCAAAUUACAGGACGAGCUUAUUUCUCUUCAAGUUAAAUUACAAAGGGAAAUAGAGAGACUGCAAAAAGAGAAUAAAGACCUGAAAAGACAACUUCUUCUUAAGAAAACUGACUCCAAGAUUAAGAAAAUUCAAAAAUCUCUCAUUGAUAUGUAUUCUGAUAUUCUAGACGAAUUAUCCGACUAUGAUGUUAAUUACAACACACAAGAUCAUCUUCCACGAGUGGUUGUUAUUGGUGAUCAAAGUGCCGGUAAAACUAGUGUUUUGGAAAUGCUUGCUGGAGCAAGAAUUUUUCCUCGUGGAGCCGGUGAAAUGAUGACUCGUUCUCCUGUUAAGGUCACAUUAAGUGAAGGUCCUUACCAUAUUGCUAGAUUUAAAGAUAAUCCUAGAGAAUAUGAUUUAACAAAAGAACCAGAUUUAGUAGAACUUAGAAAAGAAAUUGAGAUACGAAUGAAGUCUUUUACACGGGGAGAUAUUUCAGUUUCUCCUGAAGUAAUUUCCCUAACAGUUCAAGGACCCGGAAUUUUAAGAAUGAUUUUAGUUGAUUUACCUGGUAUAAUAAGCACUGUUACGUCUGAUAUGGCCUUAAACACACGAGAAGCUAUAAGGGAUAUAGCCAAACUUCAUAUGAGCAAUCCGAACGCAAUCAUUCUUUGUAUUCAAGAUGGGUCCGUAGAUCCAGAACGAAGUAUAGUAACAGAUUUAGUUAGUCAAAUGGAUCCUACUGGAAAACGGACUAUUUUUGUUUUGACCAAGGUUGAUCUUGCCGAACGUAAUAUGGCAAAUCCUAGUAGAAUUCGUAAAAUUUUAGAUGGUAAAUUGUUUCCGAUGAAAGCUCUUGGAUAUUAUGCUGUAGUUACAGGAAAAGGAGAUCAGGAUGAAAAGAUUGAAUCAAUCAAAAGAUACGAGGAACAAUUUUUCCAAGAUUCUCAACUUUGCAAAAAAGGAAUUUUAAAUCCAACACAAUGUACCACCCAUAAUUUGAGUCUUGCUGUAUCCGAAUGUUUCUGGAGGAUGGUGAAAGCUUCGGUUGAACAACAAGCUGAUGCAUUCAAAGCUACCAGAUUUAAUUUAGAGACAGAAUGGAAAAACAGUUUCCCAAGGAUGCGCGAAUGUGAUAGAGAUGAAUUGUUUGAAAAAGCUAAAACGCAGCUAUUUGAUGAAAUCAUAAAUUUAAGUCAACUGAGUCCUAAUCAUUGGGAAACUGUUCUUACAAAGAUGCUUUGGGAUAGUUGUAGUUCAUAUUUGAUGGAAAAUAUUUACCUGCCUGCUUCGCAAGAGACUAGCAGAAGUCUCUUCAAAACUAAAGUCGACAUUAAGCUAAAAGAUUGGGUGGAAAAUAUAUUGCCUGUAAAAUCAGUAGAAGUUGGUAAAGCCGCUCUAGUCCAAGAGUUUAAUAAAUUAAUCGAGAAAAGUAAAUCAGAUCCAAAUCAUGAUGACGUUUUGGAUGACUUAAAAGCAGCAGUUGUUGAAGAAAGCUGGAAAAGACAUCAAUGGGAAGCUAAAGCAUCAGAAGUUCUUAAAGUCAUACAAUCCAAUGCGCUUGAAGAUUAUCUUAUUCCGGAUAAAAAUCAAUGGACCAUUGCCAUAAACCUUUUUGAAAAUAGUUUAAAAGAUUACUCUAAGAAAUCUGAGAUUGCACUACAAAAUAUGUGUGGUCCCGGAUUUACUGAAAGAUGGUUAUACUGGAAAUACAAAUCUAAUGAAAACCAUACCGUAACUGCUGUAAAAAAUGAGCUUGAAAAAUAUUUCCAGAGUCCACGUUUCAAGUCACAUUCGGAACUCGAUGAGAUCGAGUUAACUACAGUUCAACAAAACCUUCAAGUUCAAAAUGUGGAGGCUUCUUUCGAAUUGAUCAAAGAUGUUUGGUUUCAUUUGUACCGAAUCAAUUUUAUCAAAAAGGUUUUAGAGAGAUGUGAAGAGUGUAAAAAGUGCUUCUACCUUUACAAACAAGGAAUUGAAGUUGAUGAUAUCAAAUAUGAUGACAUAAUUGUAUUCUGGCGUAUCCAUAAAACCUUUGCAGCCACAACAAACGCACUUCGCCAGCAAAUAAUGAAUAGAGAAGGACGCCGAUUAGAAAAAGAGUUGAAAGACGUUCUUGAUGAUUUCAGUCAAGAUAGAGAAAUUAAAAUUAGCCUAUUAAAAGGACGUAGAGUUCAAUUAGCUGAAGAACUGAAGCGGGUAAAAUUAAUUCAAGAAAAAUUAGAAGAGUUUAUCGCUGCAUUGGAAAAAGAAAAAUAAGAUAUUUGUUAGCAUCUAAGUUCAAGUGAAAUAGUGAUCAACAUAAUUUGAGAAUGAAUUUUUCAAUGUUUGGAAUUGAAAUUAUCAUUUUUGAAACAUAAUAAACUGUAAAUUUUACUGAUAUUAAAUUAUCAAUAUUGAUAGUAAUGA